GAGAUGGGCAGGAGACCCUGACUGACCAGGCGGUGUCACCAGCUCAGCCCAGCCCCGGGCCAGGCUCACUUCCACUCAGUGAGGCUGGUGGCUUCAGCCCGGAGGCGACCGUCCCUCCUGUGACUCGCGCCGAUAAGGACGGGGUGGCCAUGCACCCCAGUUUUAGCAGCCCCCGCGCUGUCGAGCUGGAUGAGUCCAUCCCACCUGAUCCCAACACAACCACCACCAACAGCGCCAGGCUGCCGACUCCUGCCCCAGCCGUCUCAGCGGAUGCUACGACGGGGCUUCGGAAUAAGAACCUGUCGGCCAACAGCAGCUCGGAGCUCCCCCCUCCUGCUCUGGCUGCCAACACCACAGAUGCAAACCAGCCUGGCCAAAAUGGAACAGAGCCCUCCAGCCCCACGGGGCCGACUGGCGCCGCGACUGUGACUCCAACGCAUCAGCCACCAAAGGACGUGCUGGCAACAACGGGCAGCUCCCCGCUGGAGCCUUCUGCGUUCAGCACUUUGGGGCCCACAACAGGGAACCCUGAACCCACUGCAGGGAACCCUGAAUCCACCCCACAAACAGCCCAGGAGAAUGCCACAGAGGAGAGCACCGCAGGGCCCACUACCGUCCCUGCUGCCAUGACAACAGGGAGCACACCUGCCACUACCACCCCCAGCACCACCACGGUAACCCCCAGAGCUUCCUCCCCCAACAGGGCAGCCACAACAGCCGUAGGGCAGUCAUCAGCCAAUCCCGUGCAUGAGAAGGCUUCUGUGUUGGAUGUGGGAGACGACGAUGGUCAAGACCUGCCCAGCUCCGCUGUUGCCGGCGCGAUGGGGGCUGACCCCCUGGUGAUCGGUGUCAUCUCCAUGUUCGUCGUCAUGGUGGGGAUCCUGGCCCUGGUGGGCUUACUGAGAUACCGGCAGCGCCACAACCGGAUGGAGUUCCGGCGACUGCAGGACCUGCCCAUGGACGACAUGAUGGAGGAUACUCCCCUCUCCCUCUACAGCUACUAGGCAGCAAGAGGACCCUCCAUCCAGGUUUGGGGGAGCGCUGGAGUUCCCUGAGCAGUAGGCCCCUGAGGACCUGGUCCAGGAAGAUCCCCUGAGGAUGGGGGGAAGGCGGCUCUGAUUUUGCACUUGACUGAAACACUCAUUGCAGAUGGGUGGGUUGGUUUGUUUUAAAAACUUUUGUAAAAGUUUGGUUUUAAAGUUUAUUCUGAGAGCUGGAGCCAGUUAGAUCCCAGCACUGGCCCGUCCCUCUGCUCUCCGUACGCCGAGGGUCCUAAGCCUCCUCAAAAUGCCGAGGAGAUGGGAGAGGGGCUUUUCACCUUGCAUUUUAGCCUGAGGGCCGAGCUGAUGUUUUGCCGACUCGCUUGGACGUCUCAGAAGCUGCUGCUCUCAAAAUGCGCCUUGUGUCAGGAAAUGCAGUGUCAGUCCUCACAAGGCAAGCAAAGGAGAAUGUUACUUCCCACUGGGAGACGAGGGCGGGGAGCAGACUGGCUCCCUCUUGCUUUGUGUUUUUUUGCACGUUGUUCCUAUUUCAACUUCAGCAGUGGGAUCCACUCCUGAAUUCCCAGAGAAUCUAGCAGGACUGUGGUAAACUGCAAUCCCCUCCUUGCCGCCCAGAAAAACAGCCCCCUGGCUACGGGAGGAGAAUGUGCCCCUGGGGGUGGGGGUGAGCGGGAGGUUUUUCAUCACGCUGGGAGGGAACCAACAUAACUGGGGCUUGUGUGGCCUUGUCUUGGGUGGGACUCUCCUGUCUGACUCAAAA